AGGCGUCUGCUGGCAUGGGCCCUAAGUGCCAGGCACUGACCACAGCCGGCGGCCGAAGGGUCAGGCGGGCCUUGGAGGAGAGAUGCCCGGCAAACAGUCUGAGGAAGGGCCGGUGGAGGCAGGGGCUUCGGAGGAUAGCGAGGAGGAGGGUCUGGGCGGCCUGACGUUAGAGGAGCUCCAGCAGGGCCAGGAGGCUGCCCGGGCGCUGGAGGACAUGAUGACGCUGAGUGCUCAGACCCUGGUCCGAGCCGAGGUGGACGAGCUCUACGAGGAAGUCCGUCCCCUGGGCCAGGGCCGCUAUGGCCGUGUCCUUCUGGUCACCCAUCGUCAGAAAGGCACACCCCUGGCACUGAAGCAGCUCCCGAAACCCCGCACGUCCCUCCGCGGCUUCCUGUACGAGUUCUGUGUGGGGCUCUCGCUCGGCGUGCACUCAGCCAUCGUGACAGCCUACGGCAUUGGCAUCGAGUCAGCACAAUCCUACAGCUUCCUGACGGAGCCCGUCCUGCACGGGGACCUCAUGGCCUUCAUCCAGCCCAAGGUGGGCCUCCCACAGCCCGCAGUGCACCGCUGCGCCGCCCAGCUGGCCUCCGCCCUGGAGCACAUCCACGCCCGCGGCCUGGUGUACCGCGACCUGAAGCCGGAGAACGUCCUGGUGUGCGACCCGGACUGCCGGCGCUUCAAGCUGACCGACUUCGGCCACACGAGGCCUCGCGGGACCCUGCUGCGCCUGGCCGGGCCGCCCAUCCCCUACACGGCCCCCGAGCUCUGCGCGCCCCCGCCCCUCCCCGAGGGCCUGCCCAUUCAGCCCGCCCUGGACGCCUGGGCGCUGGGCGUCCUGGUCUUCUGCCUCCUCACCGGCUACUUCCCCUGGGACCAGCCCCUGGCCGAGGCCGACCCCUUCUACGAGGACUUCCUCAUCUGGCAGGCGUCGGGCCAGCCCCAGGACCGUCCUCAGCCCUGGUUCGGCCUGGCCCCCGCGGCCGACGCGCUUCUGUGGGGGCUGCUGGACCCUCACCCCCGAAGGAGGAGCCCUGUGAGCUCCAUCAGGGAGCACCUGGGGCGCCCCUGGAGGCAGCGGGAGGGUGAGGCUGAAGAAGUGGGAGCGGUGGAAGAGGAGGCUGGGCAGUGAGGAGGCCCGGGGGGAUGCAGAAAGGGAAGCUGCCCCAUCCAGGCCUCCAACGCCGACGGCUUUUGGUUUCUCCUCUGUGUGUUUUCAUCCAUGGGGCUUGGGAUUCCCCUCUGCGUCCUCCUCCUCCCUCCUCUCUGCAGGCUGCAUGCCCCCCUGGGUCCAUGGGGGCCUCAGACCUCUGCAUGUCCCUCCAUACCUGCCGCCACCUUCGCCAGGGUCUCAGACCUCCGCGUGUCUCUCGGUACCUGCCGCCACCUUUCUCAGGGCCUCUGCACUCGCUGUUUGCUGGGUACACUUUAGGCUCAUCCCCUCAUCCCUGCGUUUUCAUUUUCUUUUUGAGACAGGGUCUCCCUCUGUCUCCCAGGCUGGAGUGCAGUGGUGUGAUCUCUGCUCACUGCCGUCUCGAAAUCUACAGCUCAAACAAUCCUCCUGCCUCAGCCUCCUGAGUAGCUGAGACUACAGGCAUGUGCCCCCACUCAAGGCUAAUUUUUAGCAUUUUUUUAGAGAUGGAGGGAUCUUGCUAUGUUGCCCAGGUGGGUCUCAACUCCUGGCCUCAAACAAUCCUCCUGCCUCAGCCUCCUGAGUAGCUGGGACUACAGGCGUGCGCCACCAUGCUCAGCUAAUUUUUAAAAAAUUUUUUAGAGAUGGUGGGGGGUGAGUCUUGCUAUGUGGCUCAGGCUAGUCUCAAACUCCUGGCCUCAAGUGAGUCUCCUACCUUGGCCUCCCACAGUGCUGGGGUUACAGCUGUGCAUCCUAAACGCUAACUGCCUGCCUCCUCAUCCCCCCACUCUAUUAUUUCUCUAGAACAUGCAUCCUCUUCUCACUGCAUGGCUUACUUUUUAUGGUUAUUUUGUGAGUUCCUGGAGUUGAGGGUCUUUGCCACCUCCCAUUUGCUGAUGGACUCAUGGACUCAGCCAUGGCCUGCAGCAGGGGUCAGGAAAUGUCUGUUAAAUAAAUGAACCCGUCUGGUAUGGCGCGGCCUCCCCUCCGUCCGUCCUCCCGCCGUCCUCUCUCCUUCUCUCCGGCUGGGUCUCCCUCCCACGUGGCACCACCCUCUCUGUGAUGUGUUUUGCCUUCUCUCGCCCCAGCCACUCUGCAAAUAAACUCCGUCUGGCACUCAGA